UGUUCUGACUGUCUGCUGUUCUGACCGUCUGCUGUUCUGACUGUCUGCUGUCCUGACCGCCCGCUGUUCUGACCGUCUGUUGUCCGGACCGUCUAUUGUCCUGACCGUCUGCUGUUCUGACUGUCUGCUGUUCUGACCGUCUGCUGUCCUGACUUUCUGCUGUCCACUGAUUACCUUCAACAUCUUUACCGUCCCUCUGUUACAUCAGCAGUCCAAUGGUUUCCUCCAACAGCAGAAACCGGGUCUGACCAUCAGAAGUCAGAAAACUUUACCUCAAUUGGGUGCAGUGUGUGUGUUUCUGUGUGUGUGUGUGUUUGGGUGUGUGUUUCUUUGUGUCUCUAGUCUCCUGUUGAAUGUCGUCUUUCAUUUACUCGUCAUUGAUUGGUCACAGCAGUAAACGGCGGUUCGUCAGCUUCUCUCCAAAAAGUCAAACCCAGUUUUUACGAUCCUCGAACACCUCGGCCAAUCAGGAGCCUCCUUCCAACCGCGGCCACAUUCUUUGUGAUCAGGUUAUAAAGUCGGCUGUUGGCUCUUCUUCAUCACUGCUUCCUCAUCCGUGGAGCUUCUCUGAAGAUCGGGACGAUGGCAGCUCGAGAAGAUCAUGAGACCAGUGCCUUGCUCAGAGUGUCUCACCUGCCUCUGGUGCGCUCGAUGGUACAGUCCGUCACGUCAGCGUACUCGGGCGCCAAAGAUCGAUACCCCCUGCUGGGCCUGAUGGGCGGAGUGGCGGAGGUUGGUGUUCGGAACAUUUCUGAAGAGGCCAUGAGACGAGCCACGCCCCUGCUGGAGAGUCUGGAGCCCCAGAUUGAAGCUGCAAAUAGUUUUGCCCUCGUCGGACUCGACAAUCUGGAAAAAAACUUCCCCUUCCUGAACCAGUCGCCAGAGGAGAUGCUGAAGCACCUGAAGGACGCCUUCUUCCUGACACUGGACGACCUGCAGAUGUGGGUGGUGGACGGGCUGGACGGAGCUCUGAAUCAGGUGGAGCGUUUGGCGGAGGGGGUCCGGCAGACGGGUCGGCAGCUGCAGGAGACUCCGGUGGGACAGGCGGCAGCCCUGGGACUGGACAACAUCCUGAGCCGCAUGGAAGACGCCACCGCCUACUACCUGCCCCUCCCACCCACCAUGCGGCGGGAGUGGGAAAUGAGGGUCCAGGAGUACGAGGAUGAAGAUGAGGAUGAGGAGCCGGGCCUGUGGACGCGUGUGCGCAGCCUCCUGCUGACGCUGAGCCUCCAGCUUUACCACCGACUCAGCAAAGUCAGGGAGCAGCUGCAGAGGGCCGUCCGGACCCUGGAGGGCGCUGCCAACAAGGUGGGUCUGACCGUUGUCUUGGAACUGACUGGUGAUAUGCUGCAGUACAUUCAGAACCUCUUGGUGGCGCUGUUGUACCAGGCAGAGAGUCUCAGAGAGACCACAACGAGGAGAAUCAAGGAUCGGGCCACUGCCCUGGCAGAGAUGAGACCGCUUCAACAGAUCCGGGAGCUGCCGGACCAGAUCCAGCAAGCUCUGAAAGAACUGCAGGAGCUUUCCAAGAUCCUCCUGCAACUGGUGAUCAACACCACCCCGCUCUACAAGCUGCUGGAUCAGCCGUCCCAUCAGGAGGUGCAGGACUUUCUGAACCAGGAGGACGUAGCGUUGGACAGCUCAUCUCGCCGCAGUUCAGCUAAUAGUCUCUUCCUGAAGGCGAUGGACGGCCGUCCUCGUCGUCGCCGUAGUCUCUACUCCCGCAUCAACCAGAGUCCUGGAGAGUCCCCCAACGGUCGUCGCUCCAGUCUGAAGGAUGGCUCCAGCUUAGAUGUCCCCCCACCAUCUGAGGGAAACGCCCUCCGACGACCGUCCGCCACCGACCUGCUGCUCGCGCCCCUCAAACAGUUCGUCUCCCAGAGCCAGAAAGCUUUCGAAUACCUGAGCCCCAACUCCAUGGACAACACCACUGCCUCAGCUGAAGAGGUCGACUCUUAAACUCUGAUUUGGUCUGUGACCCCGCCCACCUCCAGUCUCCGCCUCUGAUAUUGGGUUUUUCUGCCUGAGCUGCUGCUGGUUUGUUUCUUCAUGUUAAAAUUGAACACAUUUUUCAAAUUUCAACUCAGUCAUCUGGGCUGGAGGUCUGCUGUAACAAGGGGAAGAAGAAUUAUGGGUAAUGCAGUAUGGCAGUGAGGCAUUUUGUCUUGUUUUGUUGAUCAAUGUGGGUCAGAGGCAAAUAUCCUUUUUUGUUCUGUUUACGCAAUUGUAAAAUAUAAAACCAGACAUUUUCUUUUAACAAAAUAUGUCCUCUGAUGAAUAUUUGUUUAUCUGAAAUGUUUCUGAAAGUAGAGUUUAAUCAAUUACUAAAAUUGGCAGUUAGCAUUCAAUUUAAAACAAAAAUAUAUUUUACCUCUCAGACCUCAGCAUGGUUGAUCCAUCCAAGUCAAGAAUACAAACAGCGGCUGUACCUUUGUACUUAGUAGUGUAAGGUCAGGCCUUCUCCACCAGAAUAAAGGAGCUGAAAAUGUGUCACAGGAACCCAAAAGUUCCUUUUCAUAUUUUUGUUCUAAAUUUUGAGGGGUCAUUAAUAAGACUCACCAAUGGAAUGCAUGGUUACAAUGACAAACGUUGGUUGUUCUAAACAUGAAGGUUUGAUAUCGGGCUUCAUUCCAAGACUCCUGUAUCAGAACAUCAUUGUGGUUGGAGUUAAAGUAACAACAUGCCAAGAGCAUCAUUGACAUCACCUCAGGAAGCAGAACUUUGUUGGAGCAGUUGACAUAUUUUUUGUUGAGCUAUUGGAUAGAUACCGUUCUCCAGAGAUGUCUCAAUAUGGAGGUUUUAAGGCUGAUUUGAUGCAGAGCCAUUAAUACAUUCUAAAAAUUAGAAUUCUCACUCUGAUGAUUCAAAGUUAAUCUUUGGUCCCCAAAACUCAACAGUUCAGGCUAAGUAGUAGUUCCUAGUGGUGAGUAUUAUAGGUAGAUGUUCAGUGAACAUUCAGAGUGAAAGGGUUGGGCUUGAUGAGAUGGAAUCAAGAAUCGUCUGCAUACUGCAGCAUCGAGGGGACUUACGGACAGUGAAAUAAAGAUCCUUUGUCAGAACUUGAUCUCCGUGGAUUGUUUUUGUAACAGCUCCGAUUUUUCUUAAGUAGGAGUAUUCCAGAUAGCGUAAAACAGAAAUGAUAGACUGUUAGACAUUAAUAAUAAAUAGAAAAUCCACCCAGUUUCCCCUUUAGUUCUAAACUGGCAGUUAACACGUUUUUUUUUCAGCAGUAAUUUAAGACACCAAAGUCAAACGCAUGUUCUCUCAGCGUGACGCGAUCAAUCUUACUAGAUGUGGAAGCUUUUUGUUUGAAGAUGUUUGGAUGAGGAACUUCAAUGUGAAAGUCAAGAGGAAGUGAUUAUGUGAAAGUUAUUUUAUCAACUUUGAUAAAUAUUUGGGUCAAUAGACUUUACUUCUUGAGACAAAAAAUAUUUUAUCAUUGAAAAUGAAAUAAAACUUUGUUAAAGCUUG